CUCUUCCGUCACUUCCUCUUUCGUUGUCCUUGGCAGAAGCAGCGUUUCCACUGUUCAGGAUAAACACAUGGCUAAACUGAGCAAAGAGACCAAACAGCGGCUGCAGCAGCUGUUCCAGUGCGGCCAGUUUGUCAUCCGAUGGGGUUUUAUACCAACUGUGCUGUACCUCGGUUUCAAACGAGGAGCAGAUCCAGGAAUGCCUGAACCCACAGUUUUGAGUUUGCUAUGGGGCUAAGGAACGUGUCCACACAACAUACAGUCCAGUCCUCCCCUCUCAACAAGACCAUGUGACCCAACUGUCAUUGGAAAUCCAGAAAAUGGACAUUAUUUAUCACUUUUCACUCCAAAAAUCACACUCUUAAGUGUCUGAGAAGUAAGGAAUGAAUAUUACCUGCGGCCAUACUGUUUAUGGUCUCAUACAUAUACAGUACAUUUGUGGAGAGUGUCUGCAACAUGGAUAGAAGAUAUUUGGAGAAACCAACUGGAAUCAAGACUUUGUCUCUGCAAAUAUGUAGUCUUGACUAGACUAUCUGUUGGUGUUUUGUUUGCAAUGUCUGUCAGUGAUGUUUGGAUACAAAAUUCAUUCCUCGUUUUUUUCUCUUUUUAUUUGUAAUUUAAAGUUCCUGAAAUUAAAUCCUCACUGAAAUGUCA